UUAAGAUAUGUUCUAAUAGUGAGAAUAUAAAAUUUGGUAAAGAUAACUGAGCUUAGAUGUAGUUUGUAGAUACUUCUGAAAUAUUGAUGUGAUGAAAACUAGGUCAGUGAUCCAUUAAUGAAAAAGAGCGGUUUAGAUCACGUGGAAGGAGCUGCCUGAGUUCUUCCGCUGUUCUCUUUCACGUCCGCAGCUCAGGGAUGAAUACGGUGUCUGCUGAGCUCUCCGUAUUAUCACUUUGAGUUUAUCAGAUACGAUAGCAAGAUGAGUGGCAGAGGAAAAGGAGGCAAAGGACUCGGGAAAGGAGGCGCCAAGCGUCACCGUAAAGUUCUCCGUGAUAACAUCCAGGGAAUCACCAAGCCCGCUAUCCGCCGUCUGGCUCGCCGCGGGGGAGUCAAGCGCAUCUCCGGUCUCAUCUACGAGGAGACCCGCGGUGUGUUGAAGGUGUUCCUGGAGAACGUGAUCCGUGACGCAGUCACCUACACCGAGCACGCCAAGAGGAAGACCGUCACCGCCAUGGAUGUAGUUUACGCUCUGAAGAGGCAGGGCCGCACCCUACCCACGGGUCUUGGCCUUCGCUCUGGCUUUACCUCCGCCAUGGCCAGAACCAAGCAGACCGCCCGUAAAUCUACCGGAGGCAAAGCUCCCAGGAAGCAGCUGGCCACCAAGGCUGCGCGUAAGAGCGCUCCAGCUACCGGCGGCGUCAAGAAGCCUCACCGCUACAGGCCCGGUACCGUGGCCCUGAGAGAGAUCCGUCGCUACCAGAAGUCCACGGAGCUGCUGAUCCGUAAGCUGCCCUUCCAGCGGCUGGUCCGGGAGAUCGCUCAGGACUUCAAGACCGACCUGCGCUUCCAGAGCUCCGCCGUCAUGGCUCUGCAGGAGGCCAGCGAGGCUUACCUGGUGGGUCUGUUCGAGGACACCAACCUGUGCGCCAUCCACGCCAAGAGGGUCACCAUCAUGCCCAAAGACAUCCAGCUGGCCCGCCGCAUCCGUGGAGAGAGAGCUUAGAGACGGAGGUCAAACAAAAACACACAACGGUUCUUUUCAGAGCCACAAACUCGAUCAUUUCUAGAGCUUUUUCCUCAUUGAGCGAUAUCAGUAUAUUCUGCUACUUUCAUUACACUUGGUUUGAAUAAUUAACACUUUUUUGAGUCAUAUAGUCACAAAUACUUCAAAAAAACCAAAUGUAUGGGUGACUAUAUUCUAUAAAUUCUGCAUUUUUAGACUUGAAUGUUCAUAGGGAGUUUAAACUUAGUAUUUAAAAUCUUAGAAGUACAAGAUGUUUGAUACAGACCACACUGAUGGGUGUCUUAACAACCAUGCUUUAUGCUUUCACUUCAGUUUCAUACUAACCUUUUAGUUCUACACACAUCUGUGCUGAAAGCCAUCAGAAUGAACCACAUGUUGCUAUAUUUAUGAGCCAUGUUGGUAAACGUGAGAUUAAAGUCACGAGGAAGGAUGAACAAACUACUUUACACUUUUCUAUAAGUUAUAUUUACUAAGAUGCAACACUUCUGGCUGAAUAUAUAAAACGUUUCAAACAAAUAUUACUUUUAGUGGCCCAAAUAGUUUUAAUUACUGCCAGUUUAUACAACAAAUCAGCAGCCCAACAUGUUUAAAGUUCAGAGAGCUACACAACCUUUAAAUAUUUCAUUAGAAACAUGUCCUUCAGUAGUGAAAUGCAGGCUUUAAUGUACACUGAAAUCUGCAUCGCCAUGAACAAAAGUGGAAUUUCUAUUUUCCACCAUCAUCCUUAUUCAGGUUCACCACCAUAUUUAUUUCAAACAUGUGAUUUUUCUGUUUGUGUUGAACCAGCUGACAAACGACAAGCAUUUCUCUUCAUUUUGGUGAUAAAAGUGCUAUUUUUAGGUCACUGGCGAUAUAAUGUUUACGAACAAUCCGAUCCUUUUUAAUGGCUCCUUACUUUGAACAAUAGUCUGUCAGCGAGAGCUGUUCUUUGUUUAUUACUACUUAGCUUGCUUAUAAUGCUCUGCAUACACUGCACUCACUACCUUUUCAAUGUUCUCUUAUUUGAAAUGAUAUAUUUAUUACUUAGGAAACAAAUACAGAAACAGAAGGAGGCUCAUGAGCAUACAGAGCGCUCUUCUAUGGGCUAAGAACGCUGUCAAAAACAAUGUGUAUGU